CAGCUAGAGGGAGGAGGCACCAACAGGUCCCCUGUCUUGCCAUCUGUACACCCCCCACCAAGUCCAAUCCUGCCUCUACACCCCACCUUGGACACCCUCUACAACUACCCCAUCCAGUCUGCUCCUGCGCACUGCUCUACGUUGGGUAAUCCCCUCCAGAGUCCAGCCCAUGACUCUCCACAGACCCCCUGUAUCCUUCUGACUCCUCUUUCCCUACCUGACCACCUCUCCUGGCAGGUCCGUCCGGAUGCCCUGCCCUCGGCUGCCCUGGCUCCGCCCCCGGGCCCCUCAGGGCACGGGCCCCAGCUUCCCUGGCUCGCUCUCUGUGCCCCGCUCCCCCAGCGGGGGGACAGACGAGAAUGAGGACGAGGAAGAAGGGGACGGCAGCCAGGGCUUGGGCCCCAUUCUGCCCCCCGCGUCCCCCGUGGAGUGCCUCAUCUGUGUGUCACCCUUCGAUGGCGUGUUCAAGCUGCCUAAGCGCCUGAACUGCGGCCAUAUCUUCUGCCUCGAGUGCCUGGCUCGCCUGUCUCUGGCCACGGCGGGCGGCGGCGAUGCGGUGGCCUGCCCAGUGUGCCGAGCGCCCACACGCCUAACCCCGCGCGGGGGGCUGCCCGCACUGCCCACGCAACCCAGCCUGCUGCCCCCCGACGCGCGUGCACCCUCAGCGCGCCAGGGCUCUGUGCGCUUCGACCGGCGCCGUGGGCUGCUCUACCUGCGCCCACCGGCCGCAUCCGGGCCGCGCAAGGCCCGCAACGCGCGCCCUUCGGCCCCACCGCCGCUGCGCCUCGGCCGCCCACUGUCGCGCCGGCUGACGCUGAACAGCCCGACCUGGGCCUUCAACGCAGCAGUGGCAUUGGCCGUGCUGGUGGCCGCAGGCCUCGUUGUCUCCGGCGUCUACAUCUUCUUCCUCAUCCCGCAUGCCGCCUCCUCUGGCCCCGCACGGCCCCAGCUCGUGGCACUGGCCCCGGCGCCCGGCUUCUCCUGGUUCCCGCCACGGCCCAUGCUCGGGACACCCUGGACGCCGCACCCCACGGACGGUGACCUGGACCCCACCCUGCCAGGGACUGCGGAGGACACGCUGGAGCCCAAGGGGAGCCCCGAGGAUCCAGCAGAGGCCGAGGGGACGCUGGACAGGCCCUCGGAUGGCAUGUUGGGGACAGAGGGUGGCCCAGUCUGGGCCCCACAGGCACGGGGCAGGAGAAGGGUGUGGGGACCACAGUAAACUCAUCUGUGCUGCAGGCCCUGUCUUCAGGCCUGGGGACCUCUGCGUCAUGCUGGUGGGGCCCUGCCAGGACCACUUGCCAUGAUCCCCUGAGGCUUAGCAAGGCGCAAUAGCAGGCACCCAUUUCUCCGUAGGGAAGACUGGCAAGAUCAUCGCUAUGGGGAGAGGACCUCAGGAAGUAAUGCCUACUGUCAUUCUCACAGGGACGCUCUGGAAGCAUCCCAAUGCCAAUCUCCGGGUCAUCCAGCUGAGGGAGCCCUGACCCCAAAAUUGUAAAGGUUUUGCUGGGAGACGCUCCUAAAACUGGUUUCCAUGAGGGUCCAGUGGGAAUCUCCUAAUCCUCAUCCCUCAUGGGGAGGGCCUACUAGGGGCACCCCAGCCCUGACCCCCACAAAGGUCCUACCGAGUACACCCACAGGCAUUAUCAGAGCCCUGGGGGCGCAUCCUCAGCGGCACCAGGGGUUGAAGGCUCUGAAAACCCCUGCAGGUGGCUGGGGGCCCCCUAUCCUUAGAGGGCAAAGCUGCUGCUGCUGUUAUUUCCGAGCCAAGUCCCCUGACCGGGCCAUGUAGAGCCAAUAGCCCCCAGGACAUGGAAUUUGUUUUCUACUCUGCUGCCCGCAGGCUGGACCCUGGUGGGAUUCAGCUGUCUCCAUGCUGGUACUAGGUUGCCACCCUACACACCUGGCUGGGGCUUGGGCUUGGAGGGGCAGGGGUGGCCUGCCCAGGGCUGGGGAGGGACAGGUAGGGUUUGAGCCUCAAAGACUGGCUCCCACCUGGUUGUUGAGUACCAACUUGCCAUGGGAGCCUUGACUUCCCCUAUGGGUCCUGGCUUCUGGGAUCCUCCUGAUAAACUAUGGGACAGCUGUGGUCACAGGUUCAAAGAGGCCAAGGUUGUCCUCUGUCAUGUGAUUUGGGAGUUUGCUCCUGGACAUCCCUGGGCUGCCCAAGGGGUACUAGACCCUCUUACUAGCUGCUACAGCCCCUGUUAUUCCUGUCUCCACUCACUGAUUUCUCAGGACUAAUUACCUCCUCUCCGGGGCUCCCUCAGCAUUUCGUGGCAUCCCUGUUGUGCCCCCAGGUGAAGCCUCAGUCCUCUCUGUGGACAGCAGCCUCCAGGGAGAGCCGCUCUUGGGUUCCUGCCCUCUUCUCAGAAGCCUUCUCAGAAGCCUGGGUGAGGCCCAGCAGAGUAGACGGCAGCCACCCUCUGCACAAACUGAACAUGGAUCACCUCCCCUGUCCCCAGCCGUGGGACCCCCAUCCUGCCUCACUUCACCCAGGGUUGGGGUGCUGUGCAGCCAGUG